GGCAGAGUGCAUAGUGUUGUGCAGAAGGGGCUCUGCGUUGUUAUCGCUGAGGUUGCCAUAGCUGUUCCUUUCAGAGCUGCACUCCAGGCUUUAUGAAAUGUACAUCAGCAGUGAAUUGUUUCCCGAUUCACUGACGAGCACUGGUGAAGAGGAGUGGUCAGGGACAGAGAUCAGUAUGCACGUUUAGGUCGACGUCGUCUUGAACGCAGCGCAGCAGCCCCGCGGAGCUUCCAGUGCGUUUAAUCUCCGAAGUUGUGUCAAGCGGGCGAUGAUUCGCAUCUGAUUGUUGCUUAACUAUCUUGGAGAGGACUGCAGACGCGCAAACGCUGCAUUGUGGCAACCGAUACGCUGAUUCCUGCCCGAGGAUUGCACAAUCCGUUCUGCCCAAAAUGUCAUCGCAUGCGAAAGUCAAGAAGGACAAAGAGAUUAUUGCCGAAUAUGAGACCCAAGUGAAAGAGAUCCGUAACCAGCUGGUGGAGCAGUUCCGAUGUCUGGAACAGCAGUCCGAGUCCCGGCUGCAGCUGCUGCAGGACCUGCAGGAGUUCUUCCGUCGAAAGGCAGAGCUCCAGCUCGAGUACUCCAGAGGCCUGGACAAACUGGCCGAGCGCUACUCUGCCAAGAUCCGCACCUCCAGAGAGCACCAGCACUUCAACCUUUCCUUGGCUGUUUCAGGAAGGACCACAAUCUCCUGUCCACUGUGAACUGCUGGUAUUUGGUCUUGGACCAGACCAGGCGGGAGAGCAGAGACCACGCCACUCUCAGCGACAUCUACAACAACAACGUCAUUGUCCGUCUGGCACACGUGGGCGAGGAUGUCAUCAGACUUUUCAAAAAGAGUAAAGACAUUGGGGUGCAGAUGCAUGAGGAGUUAGUGAAAGUCACCAAUGAGCUCUACACGGUGAUGAAGACAUACCACAUGUACCACACUGAGAGUGUCAGUGCUGAGAGCAAGCUGAAGGAUGCAGAGAAACAGGAAGAGAAGCACAUUGGCAAGGCCAACGACAUUAGUUCCAGCCUUCUGCGGUAUGGGCAUGAUGAACGUCCACAGCGUCGGAGCUCUGUCAAGAAGAUGGAGAAAAUGAAGGAGAAGAGACAAGCAAAGUACUCUGAAAACAAGCUGAAAUGCACAAAGGCCCGGAACGACUAUCUCCUCAAUCUGGCAGCUACCAAUGCCCUGGUGGCCAAAUACUACAUCCAUGAUGUCUCAGACAUGAUAGAUUGUUGCGACUUAGGUUACCAUGCAAGCCUGGCACGCACCUUGAGAACCUACCUGUCUGCAGAGUACAGUCUGGAGACUUCUCGCCAUGAGGGUCUGGACUUGCUGGAGGGAGCAGUAGAUGCAAUGGACAUCAGAGGAGACAAGCUCAAGUUUAUGGACACGCACAGCCAGAUCUUCUGUCCUCCUGCACACUUUGACUAUCAGCCACACAUGGGGGAUGAGGUGUGUCAGGUGAGUGCACAGCAGCCUGUCCAGACAGAACUCUUGAUGCGCCACCACCAGCUGCAGUCUCGCCUGGCCACGCUGAAGAUAGAAAAUGAAGAGGUGAGGAAGACCCUUGACGCCACCAUGCAGACCCUUCAGGACAUGCUCACAGUAGAGGACUUUGACGUGUCAGAGGCCUUCCAGCAUAGCCAAUCCACAGAGUCUGUCAAAUCGGCUUCCUCUGACUCCUACAUGAGCAAGGCAAACAUCACUAAGAGACGAGCCAAUCAGCAAGAGACUGAGGGCUUCUACUUUACUAAAUAUAAGGAGUACUUGAAUGGCAGUAAUCUCAUUGUCAAACUGCAGGCCAAGCAUGACCUUCUGAAGCAGACACUAGGAGAAGGGGAGAGGGCUGAAUAUGGAACAACAAGGCCCCCCACUCUUCCCCCUAAACCCCAGAGAAUGCGGAAGGCUAGACCUCACUCCAUUUUUAACCGUAAGCUGUUUAACGGCAAUAUGGAGGCCUUCAUUCAGGACUCAGGGCAGCCUAUACCAGUGGUGGUUGAGAGCUGUGUUCGAUACAUCAAUCUGUAUGGUCUUCAGCAGCAAGGUAUAUUUCGAGUUCCAGGCUCCCAGGUCGAAGUCAAUGACAUUAAGAAUGCAUUUGAAAGAGGAGAGGAUCCUCUGGUGGAUGAUCAGAGUGAUCAUGACAUCAACUCUGUGGCAGGCGUUCUUAAGCUCUACUUCAGGGGUCUGGAAAACCCACUGUUCCCCAAGGAGCGUUUCCUCGACCUCAUGUCCACAACCAAGCUUGACUCGGGUGCAGAAAGAGCUCAUCACCUCCAGCAGAUAAUUGUGACCCUUCAGCGGCCUGUGAUCAUCGUCAUGAGAUACCUGUUUGCAUUUCUAAAUCAUCUUUCUCAGUACAGUGAUGAGAACAUGAUGGACCCCUAUAACCUGGCUAUUUGCUUUGGCCCCACAUUGAUGCCAAUACCAGAUGAGCAGGACCCUGUGUCCUGCCAGGCGCAUGUUAACGAGGUUAUUAAGACCAUUAUCAUCCACCAUGAGGCCAUCUUUCCAACCCAGCGUGAGUUGGAAGGACCUGUGUAUGAAAAGUGCAUGGCUGUUGGGGAAGAGUACUGUGAAAGCCCACACAGUGAGCCAGGAGCUCUUGACGAGGUAGACAAUGGUACCGGACCCAACACUAGUGAUGAUGAGCUGGAGCAAAUUGAGGCCAUAGCCAAGUUUGACUACGUGGGCCGAAGUCCUAGAGAGCUUUCCUUCAAGAAAGGAGCCUCUCUGUUACUCUACCUGCGAGCCUCUGAGGACUGGUGGGAGGGCCGACAUAACGGUGUGGACGGGCUGAUUCCACAUCAGUACAUUGUUGUACAAGACAUGGAUGAUGCAUUUUCAGAUAGCAUUCAGAGGCCUGAUAGUGAGGCCAGCAGUGUACCACACCACGAUGAAAGAGCCCCGUCCAGAAAUGACCAUCAGUCUCCUUGCGAACACACACCUGAGCAUCGCUUUGGAGCUGCACUGGGAAGGGUGAGGGUGCGGUCAGAUGGCGCUGCAGUUCCACGCCACAGGAGUGACGCUGAUAGUCACAGCCCCAGCCGAGCUGCAGACUUGCCCCCUAGGGUUAUGCCUCGGCCCUGCAGCCCACACAAAUUAGCUGUUAGCAGGGGCCCAACAGACAGCCCGGAGAAGCGGCGUCUCACCACAUUUGGCGGUCUGGGCAGCCACCCAGAUAGAAAGGCCUUCAUUGACAGCCACUCUCAACGGUCUUCACCCAGCACCACUCGGCAUGCAAGUUUAGGAGAUCACAAGGCACUCGAGGCUGAAGCUCUCGCUGAGGACAUAGAGAAAACAAUGAAUACAGCUCUCCGUGAGUUGCGUGAUCUGGAGCGACAGAAUGUAGCCAAACAUGCCCCUGAUGUUGUUUUGGACACAUUGGAGCCCCUCAAACACACAGGCGGAGCCCAGGAGCCACCUGGUAGCCCUCUUCACACCAUGGUGAUCAGAGAUCCAGAUGCAGCCCAGAGACGUAGCAGCAGCAGCUCCUCCUCCGAGACCAUGACCACUUUUAAACCUGCUCUUUCGGCUCGUAGACCGAAUGCACCUCUAAGGCCCCCGCCUGUCAGACCUGUCCGGCCUGCUCCUGUGAUUGGACAGGGCCAGGGACCACACCGCUCCAGCAGCUCUAGUUCCUCUGGUCUGGGCAGCCCAGGCAUCACACCCACUGACAGGGUCUUUCCUGUCAAACCUCCUUCCCCAUCACCAUCCACCUCCUCCUCAUCCUCAGACAAACAAGGUAACAUGUAGCUCCAGUCAAUCACAAGUCAAGUGGUUGAAGAACACAGUGGAUACAUAGUGAUUGUGAUUACCAUCACGCCACUACAUCUAUUUUUGACAGCAAAACAAACAUUGACACCCGGUCUGUAUGAUGAAUAUUUACCACUAAGCUUGUAUAGUGUAGUGCGGCUACUGCUGGUUCCUGACAACUGUGUGCCCACACAUAGACUCGGGCAAGUUGGUGUACUGUAUUACACAGAAACAGGAUUUAAAUUUAUGAAACUAAUUUUAUAGAAUGCCUCCAUGCUGAAUAGCCAUGCUGAAUAUAAAAGGGAUGCACUGGAAAAUACUUCUGUUUACUGAAAUCUGACAAUGAAACAUCGCAUGUUAUUAGGUUGCAAAAAUGCUGUGAGCUUGGACUUUGUAUCUGGUUUCUGUUCCAUUAUGAGGGAACACUUAAGGGAACAUUUUACCACUCAUUAUGUAGACAUGCUCCAGUCUGUGCUUAUGGUCUGUGUAGUCUAUUAGAACGUUAAUUACUUGGGCACUAUUUAUAUUGACAGUGAAGUUUCCUUAGAGAGCCUCUUCCACAGUGACAGAAUAUACCAACAGGCAGACACCAUGGCAGCUGAUUCGUAAGUGCCAGGAAAUCUAAAUUUAUUGUUCACCGCAGAGUAAACUAUUGAGUGUCUGUUAUAAGGGGAGAUGUGAGUAUGUGAACUAGGGAGUGAUUUUAAACAGUCCAUGGCUGAAUGUAAAACCAAGUUUUAAUUGCAUGAAGUUGAAGUUCUUCUAAUGGUCAAUAGAUGCUGGCUCCAAGGAAAUUGCAUCAAUAUUACAAACACUAUUUGACAUAUAUGAGACUGUGGCAUCACUGAGUGGUAGUAAAAUUGUUAUGUAUUUCUUUUUUUAUUUUUAAAGUGCUUGCUACAUUUGAAAAGGGCUGAAAGAAACACAUAGACGGCAUGAAGUUUCACUGGAAUUGGCCAUUUUUUCUACAAAGAAAUUUGAUAAAUGCUAGAAUUAUACAAAAAUCCUGCACACUUCUACAGUCUGGCCAGUCAGCGGCCAAUCUGACCGGCAGUGGCAGCAUCACUGGCCAAUAGUUAAAGUUAACUAAUAAACAACAGCCUGAGACUCUGCCUCUCUAUUGCAUUUCCCCAGCGGUGGACCAAUGAAUCUUAUCUCAACCAAAACUACAUUUUUCCUUCAUUCCUAAAUCUCAGACUAGGUCAGUGGACGGCAGAAGUAGACCAGGCUGCAGGACAACAGUUACACAGAGAACAUUGACAUUUAUUGUGGACAUUAUAGACAUGCCACUCAUAUAACUAAUACAAGGAAAUAAAGAGAAAAAUCAGUAAAAUGUUCUUAUAAUGUCGUCAUCUCCAUAUAAAAAGAUCAGCUGUGUUACCUCAAUAUACAGGUAAAGCAUUCUCUUACAACUCAAGUGACUAAUGCACUUAUAAACACUACAGGGAACUGUGCUGCAUUUGUAGGUUCUGUGUUUUCAUUUUCAUGAAGUAAUUGAAACAUGAUAUAGCACAUCAGUAUCAUUGAGGCUUACAUAAUGUGUAGAUUGCACAUGGGCAGUUGAGGCUGUGUGGAUGUUUUUAGAUGAAUUUGUUUACUGUUGAUGGUGUUUGUCAUCUGUCUUAUAAGGAUGAUCAAUAUAUCUUUAAAGUGUAAUAGGUACAUUGGAUUGAAUAUAUACAUACUGUUAAAGGACGCUUGUAUAAAUAACGUUGUAUGAUAGGAACAGGAUAUAUUAUCAUGUCUAGUCUGUAGAUUUUUGUAACUCUUAUCCUUGCACAAACAUUAACAAAACAAUAAAUAAAUGAAACCUCACAGAAA